AUGGCGAAUCCUAAACAGUUGGUCUCUAAGCGCAACCGGUUCUAUGAACCGGAGACUAGCAGCAGCGGCGAUGGGCAAGAUCCCGACCCGCCCGUCACCAGAUCUAGGGCGUCGAACAAGGGCGACAAUACUACUGCUCCCAGCCCGCCGACGAAGGACUCCGCAAGGGCUUCUAGGUUCGCGUCUCAUGUUGUGGAAAAGGCGAAGGAGCCCGUGCCGGACGACAUCGUGGCCGCUAUCGGCCGGAAUUAUAUGAAGGCAACUUACAGCAACAUGAUGCUCAUGAAUCACCGCGGUGUCGGAUGCGAGGUGGAUAAGGACGACUUCAUGUCCAUCGAGGACGAUCAGUGGAUUACAGAUGGGGUUAUCGACUUCCACAACGUGCUGCUUAGCAUCAGGAAACCAACGCUCCGCAACGGGAAGACAUGGGCCGCCAUGGACUGCAGGGCUUACACACAGACGAAUGCGCAUGGAGCGCCGUUGACCCUUGGGAACGGGCGACCGCUUGUGGAACACGAUUAUCUGGCGAUCCCGGUGCUAGAAUCUGUGCUGUCUGAGCUCGCAAAGGCGAGCACCCCAAGCGCGAACAUGGAGUUUGUGGACAAGACGCUGAAGGAGGCGGACUGCAUAAUUUUACGGGAGGAUAAGCUGCCACAGCAGCCUAACAAGGAGGACUGUGGGAUUUUUGUUUGCCAGUACCUCAAGACCCUGGUGACUACCGACUUCGCCACGGUUCUUUCGGGCCUCUGGUUCCAGGGUGUGACACCGCACCAAUACAGGCGGGAGAUGCGGCGCGACCUGUGUGCUCACGCGAGCGGCGAUCUUUUGAAACAGGUGCAGGACCUGGGAAUUGAGAUCCCCCCGCAGGACGAAGGCUGGGUUACCGAUGAGGGUACAGUGGUGCAGGUGAAGAACGCUGCUGUGGGAGAUGGGAGGCCGGCACCGGUCACUCGCCCUGUGGAGGACGCACGGGUUACGGAGGUGAUGAGGCGUGUAGCCUCAUUGACGAACGAUGUGAGGUACCUGAACGCCUGCUUCACCGUGAUCGCCAACUUUGUGGGACUGAGGCGGGACGAGGUCGUCUCCGCUGCAACCCAACUGCUGCUGCAAGGCGGUCUCGCGGGUACCGGCACGAAUGCAGAGGCGGGUGGCAACAAGACUGCGCCACGCACACCACAGCGUCCGUCUGCCCGUAAGAGGCGGGAUGACAGCAGUCCUGAGGAGGAUGGCGUACGCAACGGCACCCGGGUAGCGCUGGCCUCCGCGUUCGCUGCAUGUGAGCCGACAUCGAGGCUGCUGCCGAACUCGCUGCUCUCCCACGGUGCCAUACCUCACUGGAUGUUCACGCGCGGGAGGCAGCUGCUCGGGACGGGUGUGCCAGCUGGAGAUGACGCGUGGGGAGACACGCUCGGACAGGAGACGGUGAAGGGCGAAGAGGAGGAGGAUCUCGUGUCCGACUCAGACGACGAUGGCGAGGACGAGGAUACGUGUGCAACCACGUACACGGGUGUGAAGCUGGACAAACGGACUGGCAAGUUCGGCGUCAAGAUCUUGAUCAAAGAACGUGGAAAGCGUAAGCAGCAGCGACUGGGAGCGUACACGAGUGAGGAAGAGGCGGCAUUCGCGUACGCCGCAGGUGCGUUCGUGCUGAGGCCACGCGACAGGAUAUCCAACACAGUCACCCUGUUAGCAGCUGAGAAGGCAAUGCUGCGUGGAUGCACCAAAGAAGAUUUGCAGAUAGUGGUGGAAGCGAGGAAGUGGUGGAGGUGGCGGAGCUGGCGUGAGGCGCUGGAGAGCGUGAGCAGCAGGCUGAAACGAGGGAGGAAGCGUGGGGGUGACACAGGUACAUCAAAGAGGCGCAGGGUGGUGGAUAACGAACUGGCGGCCCCCGAGAAUGCUGAGAGUGGGGGCACGGCCCCCUUGAGCAACGGGCACGGCGGAGGUGCAAAGGAAUAUGACCAGGAAGAGCGACAGGGAGACAGUGGUGCACACGAGAAGACGGCAGCCACGGCGGCAUAG